CAACCCGUGAGUGGUUGUCUAACAAUGGUAUUAGUGAUAUUUAGCUAACAUUUGUCAUUCGGGGUGAGAGAAAAAUCUAUUUUUGUGGCUCCAACAUGGCGGGUCCACUGCUGGAGUUUGAGACUGAGAUGUUUCUGAGUCUGUUCGGCUGUGACGGGCUGCUGGUGGUGGCGGAGGGGAUGGGGAUAGACCGCAUCCUACUUCAAUUCAUGCGGGUUUACUCUGAGCAGGGGAGCCUGGUCCUCCUGCUCAACACAACCACACCUGAACAGGAGUAUUUUACAGAGCAGCUGCGAAUGGAGGGUGUGGCCCACCUGCCCAGGACGGUCACCAGCGACGUCCAGAGCACUGAGCGCUAUAAUGUAUACACUGAGGGAGGGGUGCUGUUUGUCACCAGCAGGAUCCUGGUGGUCGACUUCCUCACUGACCGCAUCCCUGCUCAUCUCAUAUCAGGCAUCCUGGUGUACCGUGCUCAUAAAAUCAUUGAGUCAUGUCAGGAGGCGUUCAUCCUUCGUCUGUUCAGACAGAAGAACAAGACAGGCUUCAUUAAAGCCUUCACUGACAAAGCCACGGCCUUCUCCUCAGGCUUCUGCCAGGUGGAGCGUGUGAUGAGGAACCUCUUUGUCAAAAAGCUCUACCUGUGGCCCAGGUUUCAAGCAUCCGUAAACACAGCACUGGACAGGCACAAGCCGGAGGUGGUGGAGCUGCAUGUGUCUUUGAUGCCAGCUAUGAGGGCCAUCCAGAGCUCCAUCCUGGAUAUCAUGAGCGCCUGUCUGAAGGAGCUCAAACGCUACAACCCCACCCUCGAGGCCGAAGACCUCUCCCUAGAGAACACGCUGGGAAACACCUUUGACAAGACCAUCCGUCACUACCUGGACCCCCUGUGGCAUCAGCUGGGAGCCAAGACCAAGGCCCUGGUCCAGGACCUGAAAGUGCUGAGGGUUCUCUUGCUUUACCUCACCCAGUACGACUGUGUGACCUUCCUCAAUCUGCUUGAGUCGCUGCGCUCCAGCCAAAAGAUCUUUGGAUCCAAUUCAGGGUGGUUGUUCCUGGACUCCAGUACCUCCAUGUUUGUGAAUGCCAGGGGCAGAGUGUACCGCAUCCCUGAGAGCAAAAAGAAACUCAAAGUGGGAGCGGAGGCAGAGAAACAAAAGCCAUCCUCUGCCUUAGAGGUGAAGCGGGAACUGGUGCUGGAGAAGAGCCCAAAGUGGGAGGCUCUGACUGAGGUACUGCAGGAGAUUGAGAGGGAGAACAAGAGCUCUCAACAAGAACCAGGUCAUGUGCUGAUCUGUGCCAGUGACGACAGGACUUGUGCCCAGCUGCAGCAGUACAUCAGGCACGGCUCUGACUGGCUGCUCAACCGACUGUAUGCCCGCACGAUCGGUAAACGGGACUCCGCCGCAGCCGCUGCUUUUGAACUUGACUCACACAAAAAGGGCAAAGGCUGGCCUACAAAAGGAGCCAAGGGAAAGGAGCCUGCACAGAAAAAAAACACAAAAUCCACAAAGAGUAAAAAAAGGCCAUCCCUGACCCUGACCCAGAUGAUGGGGAAGGAGGAGACAGACGGAGCAGUGGUGAUGGGCAGCAGUGGAGAUGAGGAUGAACCGAUGGAGGAGGAGGAAGGUGAGGAAGAACCGCUGAAGCUGGAUUUGUCAUCGGAUGCCUACUACGGUGUCCUAAAGGAGCCGCUGACUGUCAUUCACCCACUGAAAGGCCUCACUGACCCCCACAGCCUGACCCGGGUGCUGUAUAAGGUGGAGCCCAGUUUCGUGGUGCUGUACGACGCUGAAGUCAGUUUCGUCCGCCAGCUGGAGAUCUACAAAGCUAGCCGGCCCGGAAAGCCACUGAGGGUCUAUUUCCUCAUCUAUGGAGGCUCGACAGAAGAACAGAAGUACCUGACGGCACUGUCCAAGGAAAAGAAAGCCUUCGAACACUUGAUCAGGGAAAAGGCCACUAUGGUCAUCCCAGAGGAGAGGGAGGGGCGGGAAGACACCAACUUGGACCUUGCAAGGAAUUUAGAGCCUGCCAAUGCCACCACCAACACCCGCAAAGCAGGAGGCCAGGAGCAGCCCAAAGAGCCCUCCCGAGUCAUUGUGGACAUGCGUGAGUUCCGCAGUGAGCUCCCCUCCUUGCUGCACCGCCGUGGGCUGGACAUCGAGCCUGUCACCCUAGAAGUAGGUGAUUACAUCUUGACCCCGGACACAUGCGUCGAGCGCAAGAGCGUCAGUGAUCUGAUUGGCUCGUUGCAGAGCGGCCGCCUCUACACCCAGUGUCUCUCAAUGAUCCGCUACUACAGGAAACCAGUGCUUCUCAUUGAGUUUGACCCAGCGAAACCGUUUUCCUUAAUGGCCCGGUCGGAUUUCCGUCAUGAGAUAUCGUCUAAUGAUAUUUCUUCAAAACUCACCUUACUCACCUUGCAUUUCCCCCGGCUGCGUAUCCUGUGGUGCCCCUCGCCACACGCCACAGCUGACCUCUUUCUGGAUCUAAAGCAAGGUCGCUCCGAACCCGAUGCUGCAGCAGCUCAGGCUGUCACAGCAGAGUCAGACGUGGUGGCGGAGUCGGCAGACCUCUACAACCCCGGACCUUAUGACUUCCUGUUGAAAAUGCCUGGGGUCAAUACAAAAAACUACAGGGCUCUUAUAAAAAAUGCAGACAGCCUGGCAGAUUUAGCCAAACUUAGCCAAGACAAGCUUGCUGAAAUACUCGGGAAUGCUAACAAUGCUAAGUUGUUGUACGAGUUUUUCCAUCAUGUCGCUGAUGCCCCUGCUCCUGUGCAGAAGGCCAAACAGACAUGAUAGCCAGUAAAGCGUCUGGUGAAUGUAUAAAGAUAUAUUUUUCCUGUCAUCAGGAUUAGUUUUACAUGAAUUCACACCUUAUAUUUGUAAAGUUUGAGUCUUUAUCAUCAAAAGUGAAAUAUGUAUUAUAUUGAUGUACAGAAUGAACUGAAAUAAUUCAGGUUUCUCUCUUGUAUUAUGUGAACUACUCUGCAAAUGAAACAUGUAUUAGAUUUUUAAAAAUGACUUGCAAAAAAAAAAAGAAUUUUAUAAAUGUUUUGUAUAAUAUUUCUUUCAAAAUAAA